GAGGCAUGUGCCGACGAUAGUGAGCUCGCAGUUAACGUGCAUGGUUGGUGUAUUCUGAUCAAAGCAAUAGCAUGGUCUGUUUUGACGCAGCUUUUCCCCAAGAUGAUCCUCUCAUAUAACGAUAAUUAUUUUACGCUAAGUUCAACAUGCUUGCAAGGUUAUGCUGGCCCCAUUGGGGGCAUGAUGCUUGAUAGGAGGUCAGCGGAUCUAAUGCAGAGCAAUACUUGGAGAAUAAAGAGUGAUUUCUUGAAGUGAUUUUGGGUGACCAUUCACUGGAACGUGCUCCCAUCUGAAUUCUACAACGCUGUCAUUUCUUGCUGAACGAUGUUCAAGGCUAGAUAGACUCAUUGACAGGUAUCUCUUAAGAAGUUCAUGAGCAUCAGCAACCCAAUAUAAUUGUUCAUAAAUCUUGAAGUCUCUGACAUACAUUCCUCUUUGAUACCAUCAUCAUCCGCCUAAGAUAAUUGUUCACCACUCUUGAAGUCUUUGCCGUAUAUAUAUUCCUCAUUGGUAGGGCUUCGAGAUCUUAUCCGUUAUCUUGUCCAUGGUUCAGGAUUGCAAGUAACAAAUCACCGGCAGCUCUGGUGCUACUUUUUCUGAAGCUUUCCCAGGCUUCUUUACUGCUAUGGGUGUUGCGCGCCCUUUUUGCCUCAAUAUGAAACCAAAUUUCCUGGUCACAUGGUAGCCACCUUUUUUUUUUUCUUUUUUUUUGAGGAAAUGGGAAGCAAAAGUACUGCCACAUCGAACAAACUGAUUCACUAAAAUAAAGAAAAGGAAGCACAAUUAGAAAGGGAAAAGAAAGAAAGAUCUCAUGAUCCGAGGGUGGUGUAGGUGAAGCAAUCCCAUGUUCUAAAAUUAAAGCAGGCACCGAAAGCUCUACCUGGAUUCAUCCUUUCUUUCUGUCCCACAAAAGCAUCAUCCAAAAACUUGCGCGCAAGACCUUCCUCUCUCCCAUUACCAAAGCAUCCAAAAUUCCUGCCUACAAAUCACCCCACCCAACAUCUCUCUCCCCCUCCCUCCCUCCAUUCUUUCAUCUCCCAAGCAAUGGACGACGACGACAACUGCAAAGUCCUCAUCGAACCCCAUGACGGCCGCUCUGACCGCUACGAAGAUGAGAGUGCCGACGAGCCGAACCUUAUCUACGUCCUCAACUUAAUCCUCAGUGGCACCGCCCGCCUCAACGUCCUCCUCCCCACCGCCACCAUCCUCACCUUCACCAUCUUCGCCCCCCUCCUCACCAACGACGGCAAGUGCGACGACCUCAACCGCUGGCUCAUGGCCGCCUUCGUCGCCCUCUGCGCCGCCUCCUGCGUCUUCUUCACCUUCACCGACAGCUUCCGAGCCGUUUCCGGCAGGCUGUACUACGGCGUCGCAACGUUCAGAGGGAUCUGGACGUUCAACGGGCGCCGGAAGGGACCGACGGAGCCGGCGGCGUAUAAGCUUAUGUGGUCGGACCUCUUCCAUGCGCUGCUGUCGCUGGUGGCGUUUCUGACAUUCGCGGCGUCGCACAAUGACGUGGUGCUGUGCUAUUACCCUCGGAUGCCACGGAAGGUGAUCAACACGGUGCCGUUCGUGGUUGGUUUCGUGGUGAGCCUUCUGUUCGUGGUGUUUCCUUCCAGGAGGAGGGGGAUCGGCUACCCUUUCUUGCUGCAGAGGGAUGCCGUUUACUUGAGGCGCUGAACUGCUACAUCUUUGCUUGGAUGGUGCGCUCUCGGUGCAAGAACUGAACUUGUCCGGCAAUGAGCAAAACGUCUACGCAACAAACCUGUCGCGAGAAUAUCUGUCGUCAAACACCUAAACCCUAAUUAUUAAUUUUUUGAUAUGUUUGGACAAUGAUUUCAAUAACUCCU